GCCCACCAUAGUCACCCUUCUCCUUUACGAAUCGAGCACAUCCCAUCUGUUCUCCAGCCAACCAUACGCUCCUCUCCCCACCUUAUCCUCUUCUUUCCUUAACUUUCCAUUUUCCUUUUCCCUAACCCAAUCAUUUUUCCAUCAGAACUCCCUCAACUCAACAGCUCUCCCAGGAUCACCUCAACCAGGUCGUGGGUCGGAGCCGAAGAUGGCGGCAGCAGCAGCAAUGACAGCCUCAGCCACGGCCUUCACUGCCACCCGGAUGCCCAAGGCCCGGGUGGUCCGCCACAUCGGCGGGCUGAACUCGUUCGGUGGGCUUAAGGCCCACAACUGCGUGGCCUCCCUGGGGGUCUCGGUAUCCACCCAGCAAUCGUUCGCCAACUUCGUGAGCUCGCUGAGGUCAUCCUACGGCAAGGCGGGCAAGGGUGGGGCUCUGGGCUCGACCUGCAAUGCUGCUGGGGAAAUCUUCAGGAUCGCUGCCAUAAUGAACGGGCUCGUGCUUAUCGGGGUAGCAGUAGGGUUCGUGCUCCUCAGGAUUGAAGCUUCCGUUGAAGAGGCUGAAUAAGAGAUUGAUUCCCCCCACAUCAACUGCUGCUUUCAGUUGGGUUCUGUUUCUUUGAUUCAGAAGAUCGUCUGUUCUUCUUUUGUUGUUUGAUAUAAAUGUAGAACCUAUUGUUUCUGGAUAUGUCAGUCAACAAACUCGAUUGCAAGUUCUCCGAAAUCGAUUACGAUUAUUUCAGUAAAAAAAA